GAUUUUUUCACGGGGCGAGCGCACACGGUGCGUACCAGGAAGGAUGAAUCAAGCGAACGUCGAGCGUUUGGUAUCUAAACUGAGAUACAAUGUCAAGCCACGUCGAAAACUGAAAAAUAUAGACGGGCCGGAGGGGCGAUUACGCAAAAUCCAGAAAACUCUGACUGCCUUGCUCAAGUACGAACGAAUCGAGGUGAAUUACAACAGGGCCGACGAGACUAGAGGUUAUGUCGAACAGUUGAUAGACCGGGCAAUACGCGAUGGGCCCACACACAAGGAGACCAUGGAAAUGGCCAACUACUGGAUAACCGAAAAGCAACUGGUGCACAAACUGUUUAAGGUUCUAGUGCCGAGAUACCAGAAUUACAGCUCCGCGUUCACAAAACUCCACAACGCACCGAGCAUAUAUCCUCUUACUUACUACAAAAGGGCAGUCUUGGAACUCAAGGGUAACGUGUAUCCAAGCUUAGAUCAGCACAAUACGUUAGAACGAUAUCAACUUCAUAAUUUACUGCUCGACGCGGCGAAGAAGGAAUACCGGAUGGAAAAGUACAAGGAAAUUGCGGACAACAUAAAGCAAUAAAAUAAGGAGGUAUAGAGGCCUUGUUUGAUGCUUGUGUAUAGUAUCUUAGACGUUUAAGAUUUUAUUAUUAAAAGGAGAAAGUAUAAAAUUGUCA